AUGGCAGCUAGUGCUGAAGAAGUUGCAAAAGUUUUUAAGUUCUCCGCCUUGUGUGAAAGUCUUGACCGUAUUCGCCACAUGCCAAGGGACGUAGGAAAGUCUAAGUUUUUUCGGCAGCGUGCGCUUCGGGAGGUGUUAGCCAGAUGGAAAUCAAUGUUUGGAGAAAAUUUGACUCCCAACUACUUUCCAUUAGUUAGAAUUCUCGCGAACCAUCAUGAUUCGAGAAAGUAUCGGAUGAAAGAGAAUGCUACGAAAGCUGUGGAAAAGUUAUCGACAGAAGUUGCAUCCCGUAACACUGCUGCGAAAACUGAACUUACAAUUUUUUCGCUGAAUGAAUCUCUGGAUAAAGUGACUCACGAUGAGUUGAGUGAGGAAGAACUUCGCGACUUAUUGAAAGGAUGUGCCUCCGAGCGUGAAUUGUUUUGGAUCUUCCAAAUUCUUUUACGGAAAGUUGAAAAUGUUCUUGGUAUAUCCUCCUCAACUAUCUUGAAUUGUAUUCACCCCAACGCAAGUCAGAUGCGACAGUCGGGGGCUUCUUUGAAAAAAAUAUGCGAACUUGCUGCAGAAAAUAAACUUUGGGAUGAAUCAAGUCUGCUGUUCAAAUCUUUUGAACCAAUGCUUCUAGCGAGAGUAAAAGGUGGUCUAAGUACUGGAAUAAAUGUGUAUGAUAAGUUAGUAAAAUAUUGUGGAGUACCUUUUUACACACAAGUAAAGUUUGAUGGUGAACAUUUUUUACUCCACCGUAAAAGUGGCGAGUAUCGUUUAAUUUCUCGAAAUCAGCUUGAUCAUUCGGAAAAAAUCGGACCACUUUUGUUUCAUCGCAUAGAUCCUUAUUUUGACCCAUCUGUGGAAAGCUGUGUAUUCGACGGUGAACUUCUACUGUGGGAUGUUUUUGAUAAUAAGCACGUUGGAAAAGGUCGCCGUGCCUCAGAUGGUCGGGCUUACGAUGUAAAGAAUUUGCGCGAAGAUGGGAGCUGUAUUCCAUGCAUGGCCGUGUUUGAUAUUAUUUUUCUGAACGGGCGCUCACUUCUGGACGUACCGCUGAAUGAACGCCUAAAACUUCUAGAUACAGUGUUUCAAAAGCAGGAUAAAAGUGCUAUUUUUAUUGGGGAUUUUCAAAUUGUUAAUUCGAGGGAGGAAUUUGCGAAUUUUUUUGAAAUUGCUAUGCAGGCUCAUGAGGAGGGUGUUGUGGUUAAAAAAAUGGAUUCAUUGUACAGGAUUGGUGUUCGUUCAAUGGCGAACGGUUGUUUUAAGGUGAAGCCAUUUCACUUAGGUAGUGAAACAAUUGAUGUUGCUGUUGUGGGAGUUGAUCGUGCUGGCGAUGGUCACAUUCAAAGUUACACAGUAGCUGUUUUGCGAGAGGGUAAAUACUCUAUUGUUGGAAAAGUUGGUGCUGGCCUUGAUUACAAUACAAAGGAACACUUGCGGCUACGUUUGGAGAAGGAUCAAGGUUUGUUUAGAGGAGACUCUGUGCCAGAAUGGAUUCACAACGAUUACAGUAGCAAUGACCUCCCAACCGACUAUGUGCCUAAGAACAACCUUCAGGUCCUUGAGGUAGUAAAUAAAGCUAUUGGAGUUGUUGAUAAUAGGCUCCAUGCUCCAGUAAUAAAAUUUUAUCGGGAUGAUAAACCGGUGACAGAUAUUGAUACUUAUGAAGCAUUCCAAGAGUUUGACGAGAUUUUAAGAGCCCAAAGUGUUGCUGCUGCUGGAAGUGCAGCUCCUUCAGAGCGUAAGAAGCCUGCGGCAGUACCGCAAGUGAUGGAUGAGUACAAAGUGGUUAAAAAAGCGAAAGUUGACGAAGUCGGUACAGGAUUCAAAGGAAUCCAGUUCUGCAUACUAAGAGGUUCUGGUGAUGUAACUAUACAGAAAUUGAGAGAUAUAGUUGAGUCUUUUGGUGGAACAUGCGUUGCUAAUCCAACCAAGAAAACGGAGUUUGUGAUUUCUGGCGAACUUCAUCACAUAAAAACGAAAGCCAUAGUGAGAUCAAAUAAACAUAACGUCAUUGAUUCUCUGUGGCUGCUGCAGUGCGAGAAAGCUUCAGAAGUAGUUCCGUUGAGGAAAGACUACGUAAUGCAUGUGGCAGAUGCUUCCUUAUUAACGAAGUUUGGCUUUUCUUCUGUGACAGAUGACGAUAAAAGUGAGGAAACUGGCUGUGCUGAAGAAAUGACAGAAUGA